ACGGCACCAACAUCCGGGCCUCCUGGUGAAAGUUGUGACUCUCCGCCAUUAUCUGAGGUGAACCGUGCAGUAGGCGAGCUUGAUCCCGGGCCAUCCAUCUCUCCCCCGAGGGACGCCGUCUAAUUUUAACCCCCCUGUGCUUCACCAGAAGUCGCAUGUCAAUCCAGAAUCUUAAUACUUUCGACCCCUUUGCUGAUGCAGCACGUGGGACAGACGAGGGUGUCCAGGAUGGCCUUGUGCAUAUAAGAAUCCAGCAGCGCAAUGGCCGAAAGACACUCACUACGGUGCAGGGUCUGUCUUCAGACUAUGAUCUGAAGAAAAUUGUCCGUGCUUGCAAGAAGGAAUUUGCAUGCAACGGCACAGUGGUUGAACACCCCGAAUACGGUGAAGUGUUGCAGCUGCAAGGUGACCAGCGAGAAAAUAUUUGCCAGUUCCUGACCAAAGUGGGGCUAGUGAAGGCCGAGCAAAUAAAGGUGCACGGCUUCUAAUGCUGCACCAACACGCGUCACAACGCUGCUGUCCAGAACCCUGGGCAUGCCACAAGUUCCCCAAAGUGUCACAUAAGACUUAAUCCCCCACUGCAACUACCACAACUCCUUAAAAAUGUGAUCUAAGUGUCCAUUUGGUCUCAUGCCAUUGAUACUAGUAAUCUUAUACAGUAUACUCUUAAAUAUCAAGAUCUUUUCUAUGAUCCCAGCCGAAGCCAAGGGUUCCGGGCCUGGUGGAGAACUGUUGGAGGCACAGUAAUACGGCGAUCAUUAUCAUCAGUCAGUGGAAGUGGCGGUGGAGGGAGGGAUGCGACCCACUGAGUAGCCGUAGCACAACAGCAGCAUCCAGGUGCCAUGCUCCCGAGCAAUAACAUCAUGAGAUAUUUUAAAAGAUUUUCGUAACUUCUUGCCUCUCAGUAGGCCAUGUACACUUGUACAAAAUAUACUUGACAUCUUUAAAAGUAGGAUGUAUCUGGAUAAUUGUAUAGAUGUGUUUCGGGAAUGAUUGUUUGUGUUAGAGCGAGUGCAAGGACUUCAUUGAUUUUCCAGGUUGUUAUUUUUCUACAUUAAGAACUAUUCAAAUUGGUUUUUAACGUCAGUGUUUUAUGUUUGUUUGAUGUCUAGUGCAGCUUGUCAGUGAUGUAUAACUAAAUAAAAAUCUUAAAAGGUAAAAA